AUGCCCCCACCAAUUCCACCCCCCGACGAGCAAGAGUUUGACCAGCCUCAGAUCAUCGCCGGUCUGUUGCACCCCGAUCUACACGCAGGAAACAACGUCUUCUGGUACUUCACCUCAUCGCCAUGGUUCGAGGCGGAAUGUCUCAAUAUCAACGUGUGGCUCAACGUCCGCCAAAAUGACCCUGCUACUGCAGAGCAGAUCAUGAACGAUAGGAAGCUAUGGCAACAAAGACUGGACGAUCAGCCCAUAGGAACGCAGUAUGUACUUGCCGGUGAAGGUCAAGGCGAAGGUCAUCCAUGGCUUCUACAGCGCCAGAACAAGGUCAGCGUGAUAAAGGACGACAAGGAGCAAAUAGAGACGUUCGUUGAGGGAAACUACUAUACGCAUGAGACGAAGAUGCUCAUGGCACCAAGCUUGCUUGAUAUUAUCCAGAGUAGAUUGAACAUGACACAUUGGACGCCUGCAACCGGCUACUCGUAUUUUCCACCUUCAUACGAAGCUGCAAAAGCGGCUACAACGGCAAGUCGCGUGGGCAGCCCAACACUGGCGCCAACAGACCUAGAUGGCGCGGUCCCACAAUCGCAAGCUGCAGGCGCGGCAGCAGCAGUAACAACAGCACAAACAACCGAACCAACGGCCUCAGCCACCGAAUUCUCAGACAUGCUCUUCUUGCAAUCGCUAAACUUAACCAACGCUUACGGAGACGAAUACAUGGAUGAGAACCCGCUCAAGGGCGAACCAGGCGCCUUUGUCUUCGAGGGCACUAAAACAGCAGUCAGCGCAAGGAACAAAGCACAAGAACAAGCAGCACAAGCUACACAGCAGUUGCCACCAGCUGCUGCGCUAAAAAUAGAUACGCAGACUGCGAGCGCUUUGCCUUCUGCUGCACCAACUCCAAAGGGCGGUGCUACUCCGGGCGCCGCCCCUGGUACGCCGGGUAGCAAGGGCAGCGUUGGCCCUGCCCCGAAGAAGAAGAAGGAUAGGAGAAAGAGUCAGGGUGGACUUACGAGCCCGACGACGCCAAGUGUCCCACAGUAA